UUAAAAUGGAAGAUGAAGAUGACUACGAUUAUAAAAUGAAGAUUAUAUUCACUGGAGAUAUGGGAGUGGGCAAGACCAAGAUUAUCCAACGAUAUACAAGGAAGAUGUACUACGAGAAGGACAUGCCUGCUACGAUAGGUGUUGAAUUUCAUUGGAAAAGAGUUUACCUUAAAGAUGAGGAUGUCAAGAUCAAGGCUCUUAUCUGGGACACUUCUGGCAGUGAACGAUACAGAGCAGUAACAGUUGGUCAUUACAGAGAUUCACUCGGAGCAGUGCUAGUUUUUGAUAUCACAGAUGCUAACACUUUUGAAAGCUUAGAUUUUUGGCUAAAAGACUUGAAGAGGUCUGUUCGUAAAGAAUGAGUUAUGGCUCUUCUUCCUAACAAAAUUGACCUGAUAAGCGGAAAUAGUGAGAAAAGACAAGUUUCAGAGGAACAAAUUGUUGAAUUUGCGAAAAAAAAUGGCCUUCUCUACCUUGGAGAAUGCUCUGCAAAAGACGAUAUCAAUGUCACAGAAACUCUUGACCAGCUAGUCUUUGAGAUCAAAGAGAAACAGAAAUUCAAUCUCCACAUGAUUAACUCUAUCAGUAACGAAAGAGUCACCCUCCAAGCAGAGAAUAAAUUCAUGUGAGGGAGCUCAGACUCAUGCUUUGGGUGAUAAGUUGGCACUGCUUCCAAGCUUGAAUAAUUUCAAAA